AUGCAGAUGUCUGCCACUUCAAUUGAGCCCGACCUCCCCGAAACCACGGCUCUCGCCGAUUCAUCCCCUAGCCAAAGGCCUCAAGAGUGGGAUGUUAAGGUGGAUUUUCUGAUUGCAGGAAGCGGAGGUGCCGGGCUCUCUGCCGCUUUGAAAGCGUCGCGCCUCGGGUUGGUACCCCUCGUGGUGGAAGGCUCUAAGCUGUGGGGUGGAACGACGGCAUACUCUGCUGGCGGAGUCUGGGUCCCUAACAACCCUCUAAUGCGGGAAGCCGGUGUGGAAGACUCGAUCGAAACGGCCAUGACCUAUAUUCAGAACGUAGUCGGAGAGCCGAGCCCAGAGAGCACCAUUGCGAAGCGACAGGCGUACGUAAGGGCCGGUGCAGAGAUGGUCGAGGAAUUCCGGGAAAGCGGCUUCCAGUGGCACAUGGCUGAGGACUUCCCCGACUACCACGCGUGCGAAGGCUCUCGCAUUGGACGACACCUGACGGGCGAAAUAUUCGACCUUAACAAACUGGGGCCCUGGAGAGACACCAUGCGGGUGCGGCCUCACCAUCCCGAGCUCCCGGCGUAUCUGGACGAAAGCGCUAGGAUGCUCAACGCUACACGCACGCGCAAAGGGUUCGCCACCCUGGUCAAAGUGGUCUCGCGGAUGCUUUGGGCGCGGCUUCGAGGGGCCAAGCUGGCUUCCAUGGGCAUGGCGAUUCCGUCGCGACUACUAUACCUCCUUCAGCAAUUCGGGGUACCAAUAUGGAGGAACACUCGAGUGACCGGGUUGAUAACGGAUCAGGGAAGGGUUGUUGGGGCCAGUGUGAGUCGUGACGGUCGACCACUACGCAUCCAAGCCACACGCGGUGUUUUGCUUGCACUCGGGGGAUUUGCGCGAAAUGACGCUCUCCGCCAGCAAUACGGCCAAGCUUCGUCCAAGUUCACCAUGGCCAACCCCGACGACCAAGGCACCGGGAUUCUACUGGGGCAAAGUGUAGGGGCCGAGGUCGCGCACAUGAACGGACGCUGGGGCGUACCGAUGAUGUUCCCACCGGGCGACCACCCGGUCUUUAAUGUUUGGGAGAGGGCAUCGCCACACAGCAUCAUGGUCAACAAGGCUGGAAAGCGGUUCACCAACGAAGCUGGCUGUUACCAGGACGUGGCCAACGACAUGGACGAUCUCGGACAUAAUCCUUGCUGGUUGAUUUUCGACGCCUCGCACCGCCAAAAAUACGCCUUCGGCGACGCGAUGCCGGGCUUCACGCCCAAACGGUACUUUGAGGAAGACUUCAUGAUCAAGACCGAUUCCCUGGUCGAACUGGCCAACAAAUGCGAGGUUGACGCAGCGCAGCUCCGAGCGACGGUGGCGCGAUUCAACGAGUUUGCCGUCUCAGGAAUCGACGAAGACUUCCACCGAGGAGAGAACCCCUACGACCGAUACUACGCCGACCCGACGCACCACCCAAACAACUGUAUCGGCAAGAUCGAGAAGCCGCCUUUCUACGCCGUCCGCUUGUAUGUAGGUGACGUCGGCACCAAAGGGGGUCUGCGGGUGGAUGAACAUUGGCGGGUAUUGGGGAAAGGGGGGAAGCCGAUUCCCGGCUUGUAUGCUGCGGGAAACACGACCUCAACACUGUUUGGUCGCCGGUAUCCCGGCCCAGGGUCCACCAUCGGCCCGGCCAUGAUAGGCGGUUUCAUUGCAGCGUCUCAUGCCGGUCAAAUUGCAUAA